CAUCAUGCCUGACCGUCCUACUGAUAUAGUCUGAAGCUUCUCUCCCAGUAUAGGCUGGUCGAUUUCGAUUUUCGACUGCGCUGUUCUUUUUUUUUUUCUCUUGUUUGUGUUCAAAAUUUGGCAAAUAGCUGACUGCUUUAAUAGAAGUGACCAUGCCAUCAGACAGUCGUGGCAGCAGCAGUGGAGGAAGCCAGGUCGUAAGCAAUGGAAAGAUUCAUGGAUACCUUAUUGUUCUUGGGAACAAUGGGAGUUUACCCUCGGGCGACAAGGGUCGGAAGCGUUCCAAAUACGGCGUGACGCAGCGGCCGAAACCUAAUGGAGUCCAGCCGUCCAAUCAGUACAGAGUGCAAACACCUCAAACUCACCCCGCCGUGACGGAUGUGAAUCAGCACACCAUUUUCUACACGUUGCCCCGGCAUCAGGCCGUCAUCGUCGAGUACACUUCCGACCCCACAAAGGACAUGUAUCAGAUCGGCAGGUCUUCAGAGGAACCAAUAGACUUUGUUGUAGCGGAUACAGUGCCAGGUAGUUUAAACAAGACGGCAGUAAAUCGAACGUCUUCCUGCUCAAGCAAUGGCGGUCAAGUCGUACCGGCCGUUAGCCGAGUGGCCCAGAGCACCAUCAGCCGAUUCGCUUGUCGUCUUCUAGUCGAACGGGACAGUCUGCCGGCCAGGGCUUAUGUUUACGCCGCUGGAUUCGAUUCAUCUCGCAACAUCUUUCUCGGCGAAAAAGCUACAAAAUGGGAAACAGACAAGGGUAUUGAUGGUCUUACUACAAACGGAGUACUACUUCUGCAACCGAAGGGCGAAUUCGAAGGCGGUGCCGCGUCGCCUGGUCAAUGGGUUGAAGUGUCCGUUGGAGGAGCCUUGUAUCAUUUAAGAGAUUCGAGGUCUGCUCCGCAAAAAAAAUCACAGGUGGAAAAUGAAUUUAAUUUGCUGGUGGAUGGAUCGUUAAUUGAUUUGUGUGGCGCAACGUUACUAUGGCGAAGUGCCGAGGGCUUGGCCAAAGGACCGACAGCUAGACAUUUGGAAAAAAUGGUUGACGAGCUGAACGCAGGCAAACCACAAUGUCCAGUUGGUUUAAACACGCUCGUUCUACCCAGAAAGUCAACUUUGCCCCCGCCCGAUCAAACUCCAUAUGUUUAUUUAAAAUGUGGACACGUUCAGGGACAACAUCAUUGGGGUAAAGAAGGAGAAGAUCGCACUUGCCCUAUUUGCCUUAAAGUUGGCCCUGUCUCACAACUAAGUAUGGGUUUGGAGCCAGCCUUUUGGGUGGAUCGAGAGCCACCCACUUAUGCUUUCAAUCCGUGCGGUCACAUGGCUUCCGAGAAAACAGUCAAAUACUGGGGAGCAAUUCCUAUUCCUCACGGAACCAACGGCUUCAUCGGCAAAUGCCCGUUUUGCGCUACACCGCUAGAGGAUCGAGGCUUCGCCAAAUUAAUAUUCCAGGACCAUUUAGAUAGUUAGUUAAAAAAUUGUGUGAAUGCGAAAAUGCGGUUUUGUUGCCUCUUUCAUGGUCUCUCUUGUAUUCAUCGAUUGUACAUUAUAAAUGAAGACGACCUUAACAACUUCUUGUCCUUCCACCCCUUCCGCAAAACCCGUACUGACUUUUAGAGAGAGAGAGAGAGAGAAUACACAUUACUCUAAUGUAAA